UACUCACAGCACAGGGGGAGGGCCUUGUCUGCUUUCAAUCAAUAACCUCUGGAAUUCAGAAAUACAAGUAGGUCCUGUCUCUGGCAGGCUGUACCACACUCUUGAGGGCGGGCUCCAAAGAACACUCGACGGAAUCUCUGUCUCCUCGUAGCUUUUUUCUGUGUCUCUUUCCACAGGUCUGACUGUGUUCUGAGCCCAUCACAAUGGCUGACCAAAACUCUCCGGACUACUUCAGCUGCACCUUGUGUCAGAACCUUCUGAGGGACCCUGUGGCCAUCCCCUGUGGCCAUAGUUUCUGUAUGGACUGCAUCAGCGGCUACUGGAAUGAGGCUGACUACACAGGAAUUUACAUUUGUCCCCAAUGUAAGAUCACAUUCACCCAGAGGCCUGUGCUGCGGCCCAACGCCACUCUGAGCAUGGUAGCCGAGAAGAUCAAGAAGAGCGGUCUGAACCUGAACCUCAACACAUCCCAGGGGAACGUCUACGCCGGACCAAGUGACGUCCCCUGUGACUUUUGUACCGGAAAGAAACUUAAGGCUGUGAAGUCCUGUCUGAACUGUCUGGCGUCCUACUGCGAGAAGCAUCUGAAGCCACAUUAUGAAUCUGCCACAUUCAAAAGGCACAAGCUGGUGGACGAGUUGGGAAAUCUGGAUAGGAAGAUCUGCCCGCAGCACCAGAAGUCCCUGGAGCUCUUCUGUCGAACAGAUCAGAUGUGUAUUUGCGCUAUCUGCACUGUCAGUGAACACAGGGGCCAUGACAUUGUCUCUGCUGAGGCAGAGAGGAGUGAGAAACAGAAACUCUUGGGAGUCUCCCAAGCUGAGAUCAAACAAAAACGCCAGGAAAGGGUGAAGGAGCUGGAAGAACUGAAGACUGCGGUGGAUUCACUAAAAAACUCGGCCCAGAGAGCCAUGGUGGAGAGCCAGAAGAUGUUUGAGGACAUGAUACGCUCCAUCGAGAGGAUGAGGACAGAGGUGAGCAAGCUGAUUGGUAUCAACGAGAAGGCUGCUUUCAACCAGGCCGAGGCUUUGAUCGAGCGACUGGAGCAAGAGAUAGACGAGCUGAAGAAGAAGGAGUCCGGACUCAAGCAGCUGUACAGCACUGAGGACCACAUCCACUUUUUGCAGAACUUCCACUACCUCUGCACCCCCACCGACGACGGCUUCAUACCCAGAGUGGCAGUGAACCCUGACUUCUCCUUCGGGUCGGUCAGGAAAGCCGUGGCUGAGAUUAAGGACCGUCUGGAGGAGUUUGGCAGAGAAGAGCUGCUUAAGAUCUCCAAGUCAGUGAACGAGGUCCCAAUCUACACCACAGAGAGUCGAACACUGGACAGAAGGAGCAGAGGAAAAGAAAUGACAGUGGUGGACAACACCCCUCCUCCAGAGCCACGGAGCAGAUCUGAUUUUGUCAAAUACUUCUGCCAGCUGAAAUUAGAUCAUUCCACAGCCUACAAGGAGCUGUUCAUCUCUGACAGCAGCAGGAAGGUCACCCGCACCAGAGACUUGCAGCCCUACAGCGAAAACCCAGAGAGGUUUGACAGCUUUGCCCAGGUCUUGUGUCGAGAGGCCUUGUCCGGGGGCCGUUUCUACUGGGAGAUUGAGUGGAACGGGGAGUUCUCCAUCGGCGUGGCCUAUAAGAGCAUCAGUCGAAAGGGCAAAGGCUCGCUGUGUCUGCUGGGCUACAACGACAAAUCGUGGAGCCUCCUCUGCUCUGACUCAGGUUACUCUGCCUGGCACAACCGGGUGGACAAGCCCGUCAGUGGCCCCCACUCCCCCAAGAUAGGCGUGUACCUGGACCACACGGCAGGUGUGCUGGCAUUUUACAGCAUAGGCAACACCAUGACCCUCCUGCACAGGUUUGAGACCACAUUUGUUGAGCCCCUCUACCCAGGCUUCGGGGUCGGAACCUCGGUCAAGAUCUGCAACCUUAAGUGAACGCAGAGAUUUGAGCAUUUCGAUUUUUUUUUUUUUUUUUUCAUAGUAAACAGCAAAGAUGUUGGGAUAUAUAUAUAUAUGCAACAAUUUCAAAACUACACCAAACCACAUGGAUGAAGUGACUUUUCAGUAAAUGUAAAUGUAGCUUCCAAAUGUGUAUAUACUUUUGUUUUAACUCUAGACAUCACACACUGUAUUAUGUUUUGCACUGUGAUGUCAAAUCACAUUAUUGAAAUAUAUAUCUACAACUUAAUCACACAAGUGCAACACAAGGAGAAGUGGUAUCCCUUUUAGUAUCUGGUGAUAUCUGCUAAGCAACAUUACAACAUGUCAACAUAUAAUAAAGAUACACAUGUUUGGAAUACACCCAAAAUGUUUGCUUCACAGCACGUGUGACGUAUUUUGUUACAAUGUAAUUGUAUUGUAACUUUGAAUCACGUUACUUGGACAAUAUAACUGCAUAAUUAAAUGUAUCCCAGUCUUAUGGAUGGUGUAAGUGAUACAGCAAAGUUUGUUCACUAAUGUGUACCAUUGGGGUUUCGAUACAAUCUGAAAGGCUGUCGUUUCAUUUUGACAUGUUUUAAUAUUGUCUGUUGUAUCAGUUGCUGAAUCUUUACAGUUAUUUUUUUUCACUUGAACUAACCCUUAUUUAAUUUUGAGUAUGUUUACUUUGAUAAUGUAUGACCAGAGUAUAAUUCAUAUCAAGACUUGUUUUGUAAAAAAUAAAAAGUCAUUAGUUCUAAAUAAAGAACUAAAUGCA